GUCGAAUCCCACGUUCUUGAAUUACAAAAGCAAUUAACUACCUCCUUAAAUUACGCAAUAGAAUCGAUCAAAUCAAUAUAGUCUAUCAGCAAUAAAAAAUGACUGACGAACAAAGUAUUGUAUAGGCAAUCCAUUGACUAAUAAUGAGUUAAUGACUACAAAUUGUAGUCAGAGUCUUGAAAAAUGGAAGGACCAACGUUUUAGCCAAUACCCUUUUAUGUGUUUGGCAUCUAUCAGUUUGUAACAGAAUAUUUGUUCAAGUAAAAGUUGAGAUGGUAAAAUUCACAGAGAUCUUGAUACUAUUAUUGUGUUCAGUGCCAACCCAAGUACUAUGUCUUAGCAGUUGCAAUUUUCCAGCCAUUUUCAAUUUUGGUGACUCAAAUUCAGAUACAGGUGGUCUUUCAGCAGCAUUCGGACAAGCUCCUUAUCCACAUGGUGAAACCUUUUUUCAUGCCCCUGCUGGUCGCUUCUCCGAUGGACGUCUUGUCAUUGAUUUCUUCGCUGAAGCCUUAGAUUUGCCUUAUCUUAGCGCGUUUCUUGAUUCGAUUGGUUCCAACUUCAGCCAUGGGGCUAAUUUUGCCACAGCUGGAUCAACAAUUAGACCUCAAAACACAACCAUGGCUCAGAGUGGAUAUAGUCCAAUUUCAUUGGAUGUACAGGGUGUUCAGUUCUCAGAUUUUCAUUCCAGAUCCCAGAUAAUUCGCCAGAAAGGUACUCAUUUUAGUGAGCAAAGCAGUAGCAGAGUGUACAUUAAUAUGGCUCUAUCUUGUCACAGGCUAAAGGUUUUGUUUUUCUGCACAGGAAAUAUCUUUGGUCAAUUGUUGCCAAAGGAGGAAGAUUUUUCUCAAGCAUUGUACACCUUUGAUAUAGGCCAAAAUGAUCUCACUGCUGGUUACAAGCUUAAUAUGUCCACUGAGCAAGUAAAGGCUUAUGUUCCUGAUUUACUCUCUCAGUUAUCCAAUGUUGUAAAGAAAAUAUAUGCAAAAGGUGGAAGAUCAUUUUGGAUUCACAACACUGGACCAGUAGGUUGCUUGCCAUAUGUAAUGGACCGUUUUUUUAUCACAGCAGCACAAAUCGAUAAGUAUGGCUGUGCUAAUCCCUUCAAUGAAGUGGCAAAGUAUUUCAACCUUCAGUUAAAGGAAACAGUUGCUCAGCUAAGAAAAGAACUUCCUUUAGCUGCAAUAACUUAUGUUGAUGUCUACUUCGUUAAAUACUCGCUCAUCGGUCAUGCAAAGAAGCUAGGAUUUGAGAACCCAUUCCUAGCUUGUUGUGGUCAUGGUGGAAAGUACAACUACAACAGAUUCAUCAAAUGUGGGAGUAAGAAAGUGGUGAAUGGAAAGGAGGUCGUGAUCGCCCAGUCUUGCAAAGAUCCAUCAGUUCGAGUUAGUUGGGAUGGAACUCACUUCACUGAAGCAGCCAAUAAGUGGAUAUUUGAUCAAAUUGUUAACGGCUCGUUCUCAGACCCUCCAAUCCCUUUGAGUUUGGCUUGCAACAGAGUUAACCAUUGAA